AUGGGAUGCUCUAUUCAAAAACACCAAUCAAUCCAACUACAAACCAAAAAGUUAAAAGAAAAGUCUUUAUUUAACCAAACAUUUGACGACGAUCUAUCCAAAUAAUAAAUUACCAAAUCGCCUCCAGCUUUUUCUAAGCCUCAAUCUCCUUUUACUAAUUCCAAAUAGUUAUCUUAAAAGCAGUAAAUAAAGAUUCAAGAGAUCAUUUUUAACAAAAAAAUAACCUCUAAACAAACUGCUCUGCUGAAUUCUGAUGAACAAUACUAAUAUUAGCAAACUUUAAUUGGACUAAUUAGAAAAUGACAAAUCGAUUGCAGCAUUGAGUUAUAUUGUAUAUAAAUCAUUACUUUAACUUAUAUUUUUAAAUUCUA